AUGUCAGCAACGGAAACGGAAACAGAGGUUGAUAAUCAAAACAGUAUUAUUAGCGUUGAUGAACUACAGAGCUAUGGUAUUAAUGCUUCGGAUCUGCAGAAAUUGAAAGCUAGUGGGAUUUUUAGUGUUAAUACUGUAUUAUCUACUACGCGUCGGAAUCUACUGAAAAUCAAGGGAUUUAGUGAAGUGAAGGUAGAGAAAGUAAAGGAAGCAGCAGGGAAAAUUAUUCAGGUUGGUUUUAUACCAGCGACUGUGCAGUUAGACAUCAGAAAGCGUGUUUUUUCCAUAUCUACUGGAUCGAAGCAGUUGGAUUCAAUUCUUGGUGGUGGUGUGAUGACGAUGUCUAUAACUGAAGUUUUUGGGGAAUUUCGUUGCGGUAAGACUCAGAUGUCUCAUACCUUGUGUGUCACUGCGCAACUACCCAGAGAAUUAGGUGGUGGGGAAGGCAAAGUAGCGUACAUUGAUACGGAGGGGACUUUCAGACCAGAAAGAAUUAAACAAAUUGCAGCAAGGUAUGAAUUAGACCCUGAUAUAUGUUUGGAAAAUGUUUCUUACGCUAGAGCUCUAAAUAGUGAACAUCAGAUGGAACUAGUUGAGCAGCUAGGACAGCAGUUAUCUUCUGGUGAAUAUCGGCUCUUAAUAGUCGAUUCCAUCAUGGCGAAUUUUAGGGUUGAUUAUUGCGGUAGAGGAGAGCUAAAUGAACGUCAGCAAAGAUUGAAUCAACACUUGUCUCGUUUGAACAGGAUUGCUGAAGACUACAAUGUGGCAGUGUUUAUGACUAAUCAGGUUCAAAGCGAUCCUGGUGCCUCGGCUUUAUUUGCUAGUGCAGAUGGUAGGAAGCCCGUUGGUGGGCAUGUUUUGGCGCAUGCUAGUGCAACAAGAAUAUUGCUGAGAAAGGGACGUGGUGAAGAACGUGUAGCUAAAUUGCAGGAUUCCCCAGAUAUGCCUGAAAGGGAAUGUGUAUAUGUGAUUGGCGAAAAAGGUAUAACUGACUCUGAUGAUUGA